AUGGCAGGCAAGGUGCUUGGAUCAGCUCACUUGGCUUCCGAGUCUACCUUGGAAGAUGUGGCAAAGGCCCUGAGGCCAGUAUUGCGGCUUCCAUUUGCAGAAGCACAGCUUGACAUGUUUGUCGGUGAUCAGAUGGUCCAAGGGCUUCAUCCAGCAGAGUCCUGCCCACAGUUUACCAUCUCAGCAGGCGAGAGUUUCGGGCCUGGCAGAAAGUUCUUGCUGGCUAUGUCCAAGAAUGUCUUUGACCCCAGGUCAACUUAUUUCGAUGCGAAUUGGACACAGAGGAAAGCGCCGUACGUAGGUCACGCGGAAGUGGUACCCUUCCUCAAAGCUUGCGGUGUGGCCUCGAAAUGCUUCACAGUCACCAUCGCGCUCAAGGAUCACAGCAUCGAUGCCGAAUGCAUCAAUAUGGCAGGCGAAGUGCUUGGAUCAGCGCACUUGCCUUGCGAGUCUACUUUGGAAGACGUG